AUGAGCCGGCCGGUAGAAGGACUACCCCUGCAGUUAUACCUAUCGGUAUCGGACGACACAAUCAGUGCGGCCUUAAUACAAGAAGUCCCGGAGCAGCGACCCAUUUACUUCAUCAGCCGGGUUUUACAGAGUGCAGAAACAAGGUAUCAGCUGAUAGAGAAGAUGGCCUUGGCGCUAUUAACGGCCGCACGACGGUUACGUCAGUACUUCCAGAGCCACCAGGUGAUCGUCCGAACCGAUCAUCCUAUAGCCAAGAUACUCUGGAAACCCGACUUAGCCGGUAGAAUGAUCGCGUGGUCGGUUGAGUUAUCCGAAUUCGGUCUCAAAUACGAACCAAGAGGAUCUGUCAAAGGGCAGCAUUUGGCCGACUUUGCAGCCGAACUUCACGGACCGACCCCUGCGUCCGAGCAAACAUGGAUUCUCUUCGUUGAUGGGUCGUCGGACAGACGAAAUGCUAGAGCAGGAAUUGUCAUCGAAGGACCGAACGGUUUCUCGGUGGAGCACUCCUUGCAGUUCAAGUUUAAAGCCUCGAAUAACCAGGCAGAGUAUGAAGCGCUGAUCGCCGGAUUGAGACUAGCCAAAGACUUGGGCGCCACGAGGUUGAAGUGUAACACGGACUCGAAGCUCGUGGUCGGGCAGGUGCAAGGUGAAUACCAGGUUAAGGAUGAUUUGCUGCUUCAGUACUAUCACAAGGCCGUUGAAGCCAUGAGUGAAUUUGAAGAGGUUACCAUCCAUCACAUCCCCCGAGCGGAGAACGCCAGAGCCGAUAGGCUGUCUAAACUGGCAGAGGGAAAGGAGAAGGGCCAAUUGAAGACAAUCAUCAGGCAAACCCUGAUGAGACCUUCAGCGGGUGAAUGUGCUGCGGCAAGUCGAUCGGCCGAUUGGAUGGGCGACAUACGGGAGCUCUUAAAGAGGUGCGAGGCUGGAGAAGAGAUCAGACCGACGGAGAGAAGGCAAGCGCUCCGGUUCGUGAUCAUCGGAGAUGAUCUAUACAAGAGAGGCUUCACAGCGCCACUCUUGAAGUGCCUCUCAGCAGACGAAGCGGAGUACGUCAUGAACGAGGUCCAUAACGGCAUCUGCGGGAUGCACACCGGUCGGAGAACCAUGAAAGCCAGGAUACUCCGAGCGGGAUACUUUUGGCCGACCAUGGAGCAAGACUGCGAAGCCAUGAUACGCAGGUGCGAAGGAUGUCAAGCCCAUGGAAAUGAUGUGAAGAAGGCACCGACCGAAUUACACAGCUUAACAGCUCCAUGGCCGUUCGCCCAAUGGGGUAUGGAUAUCGUUGGACCUUUCCCGGUUGGCCGAGCGCAGAAGAAAUUCAUACUUGUAGCAGUAGAUUACUUCACUAAGUGGGUCGAAGCGGAGGCUUUGGCUAAUAUCACCGCUCGGCAGGUUCACUCCUUCGUCUGGCGCAACAUUAUAUGUCGCUUCGGCCUCCCCCACACGAUCAUCACUGAUAACGGUCGUCAGUUCAUCGACAAAAAACUGAGGGACUUCUAUAAGCAGGUAGGGAUAAGGCAUGUUACCAGCUCGGUCGAGCAUCCCCAAACCAAUGGUCAAGCUGAGGCCAUGAACAAAGUUAUAGUGGCUGAGUUGAAGAAAAGAUUGGGAGAGGCCAAGGGAGCAUGGGUUGACGAGCUGCCACAAGUCCUUUGGGCCUACCGAUGCACGCCACACGGGACGACCGGGGAAUCUCCUUUCAACCUGACGUACGGAACAGACGCUAUGCUGCCAGUCUAG